UGAAAAUUCAGGUUAUUGCUUAUGCAGAAGCGCAUCUACUAAGUAGCUAAGGAGGACAGAAAUUAUCAUGAGAAGAAAAAUGCUUUUGUUCCUGAUUAUGGGGGUCUUUGGCACAUGGUACCAGUACACACCCAUCCCAGAGAACACUGAGCAGCCUUGGGCAUUGAUGUGCAUGGAAGAAAGUCUUAAGGCUCUAACAAACUUGUUGCUAUUGAUUGAGCUGCUGGGAAUCAGCCACUUCAUGACCAGUAUCAAUUUUCUUAUGAGAUUUCUGGAUAUACCACCCACUUCUGAUGAAAAUGUCACUGUGGUGGACACCACUUUCCACAACAUUUCUGUCCGUGUCUAUUUGCCAAAACAGAAGACCAAGACACUUAGAAGAGGAGUAUUUUUUAUCCAUGGUGGUGGUUUUUCUUUGGGAAAUUCUGCGUAUUAUGGCUAUGACCUUCUCUCAAGACGGACCGCACACAGACUGGAUGCUGUGGUCAUUUCCACCAACUACCGUCUAGCACCAAAGCAUCACUUUCCAGCUCAUGUUGAAGAUGUUUAUAAAACACUAAGGUGGUUCUUGCGUCAAGCUGUCCUUCAGAAAUAUGCUGUGGACCCUAAACGGAUUGGGGUGUCUGGAGACAGUGCUGGAGGGAACUUAGCAGCUGCAGUGGUUCAGCAGCUCCAACAUGAUCAAGAUGUCAAGAUCAAAGUCAAGGUUCAGGCUUUGAUCUAUCCUGGUCUUCAGGCUCUGGAUUUUGACUCACCUUCCUACCGCGAAAAUGCAAACUGUCCAAUUCUGAGCCGGUGGCUCUUGCUCAGGUUCUGUAGUGAGUAUUUUACUACAGACAGAUCUCUGGAGAAAGCCAUGUUAACCAAUAAGCACAUACCUGUGCAUGCAGCUCACCUCCUCCAGUUUGUUAAUUGGAGCUCCCUGCUGCCUGAGCGCUUUCGGAAAGGACACAUUUAUAAGAAGCCGACUUUUGGCAGUUCUGCACUGGCAAACAAGUAUCCAGGGUUCCUGGAUGUGCGGGCAUCCCCACUGUUGGCUAACGAUACACAGCUGCGUGGCUUACCCAAGACCUAUGUGCUCACCUGUGAACAUGAUGUCCUAAGAGAUGAUGGUCUCAUGUACAUAACCCGCCUUCGGAAUGUUGGGGUCCUUGUGACUCAUGAUCACAUUGAAGAUGGGUUUCAUGGAUUGAUUUCCAUUGGACUGAAGGUUGGAGCUAGAAUGCAAGACCACUAUAUCAAGUGGCUAAGUGAAAAUCUCUAGUAAAAAUGGUGCUAUGUUAUAUUGCUGGUG